GUUCGUCUCCCGAGCUCGGAAGAUCAACCCGGCGCUGAUUCGGGUGUUCUACUCCAACCUCCGGCGUGAGGACGACGUGCUCUACUCCCUUGUCAAGAGCAUGCCGAUCGAGCUCACCAUUGAGCAACUUGGGCGCAUCGCCGGCCUCCCCUACCAAGGCGACGACAUCUCCAACUAUGGUGGAGAGGAUUGGGUUCUCAACAACAAAGGCCUUGUCCUCAACGAGCUUGGCAUCACCGAGCUCAUCCGCCACGUCACGGGCCGCCCCACCAUCCAGUCCGCGACCCCCGAGAGCCGCCUCUUCCUCUACAUCGUGUCCUGGAUUCUCAAGCCCCGGAAGCACGGGCACACGAUCAUGUCCGGCAAGGACCUCAAGCUCCUCCAUGCCAUGCACUCGGCACUAAUCAAUUGGGCCAAAUUCAUCAUGAUUUACAUGACGGGCGCCACGUCUACCGCCCACGAUCAUCUCCUCCCCUACCCUUUCUUGGUGAUGGACAUCCUUGAACGGUUCAAGGCCCGGGCCAACCUAGCCUCCAUCGCCGAUUCCCUCAACCGGCUACACUUCAAAGUUGACGGGAUGAAUGGCUACCUUGAGCGGCUCGACGAGGCUGUUCAACGCCAAGGGCACGCCAUGAACGCGUACUUCCAACGCGUCAACUACGUUCCCCCACCGUACCAAGGCACGUUCCUUGGGCAAGUGUACGGUGAAGAGGACGAAGACGAUGGCUCCUAUGCGCUGUCAAGCUCCCCGGACGAGGAUGAGUUCGACGACGCCAUUGAUGGUGAUGAGAUGGACGUGGGCGACGAGGAGGAGGAAGACGAAGACUAGGCCGCCCCUAGAAUUUAUCUCUUUCUUAUUGUCAUGUUUUUUUUCUUGCUUCCGUUGUACUCCGCUAUUUCCCAUUUCAAUAAAUAAAAAUUAUCGUUUAUC